ACUACAAAACAAAGAAGAUUUCGAUCAUCUUAGGAAUUGCUUUUGUAGUUUGGUCUUCACUCGAUAAGCUUCAAACUCCUCGAUCUCUUCAUUCACAAACACUCAUUGUUUGUUGUAUUAAUGCAACGAGGAUCUUCCUUGGCUUCUUCAAUCGAUUGCUCCAACUUACCAACCACGCUCUUUUAGGAUUAAUGCCGUGAAUGAGUUAUUGUUGGCAUUCUUCUUGGAUUACUACCCAGAAGACAGCUUCAAACUUGAAGACUCUUAAUUCUGUUGUAGCGAAAAAUUGUCAGAAGUCUUGGUCUUGUAUAUAGGACUUAGUUCACACCAUCCCUGGAUUAGGAUUCUUCUGUUUUUUCGCCCCAAACUCAUUGUGUUUACACUUUUUCAAGCAUCUUUACAUCCUAUAAUUUUGGCUAUAAUGAUUGGUGAUGCUUCUAAUAUGUCGUAUCGAACGGUGUAAGGAGGGGAAAUGAACGAUAACCCAAUGAAAUUCUCAGAAACCGGUUAUUCAUGUAGUUGCUUGUGUUAGCAUCUUGGUGGCGAGGGCUACUUUUCUUCCAGGGUCUAUUUUAAAGAUCCUAAGGUUAAAUAAUUCUAUAAUUUUAAACUCUUGUUGUCUUUUAGAAUUGGUCUUGCGGUGGGCAAAGCCUUGCCCGGGAUUAGCAAAAUAUGGAGGAAGAUAAGAAAAGGCAAAAGCUUUGUAGCUUUUUGUUGGUGUAACGGUAAUGAUUAUUUCAGGUUUAGCUUAACUUAGCAUUUCAUGUCCUUGUAUGGUUUUAUAGUUUUAUAAUCCUAUCUUUUUCUUUGUAAUUGUCUCUCAUUUAUUUUAAACUUUGACAAUAUUUCAAGGUCAAGUUAUCUAUCUUUCUUGACCUCCUGAUACUGGUUAGGAAUUAGGAUAGUGUUUGUUUAAAGGGACCUUGUGAAAAGUGACUAAUGCCGUGUAGUGCAACUUUGUUGAAUAGCCUAGAUUGUCGACUUUAUCAAAAGAGUGCAAUCAAGUUAUAAGUUGAGACUCCUUGAUUGAUGUCUAACACUAGACAAUAUUAGUAGCUGGAAAAUACAUCAGUUUUGGAGAAUUGUCUGUUCUCACGGUCAACAAUUUCAUUACUUGUAUGAUACAGAGCUGUAGGAAAUUUUAACUUUCUUCUCGUUUGUAUGGUUUGAUUGGUCGAUUGAUUUCAGGAUCCAUAGUUAAACAAUGUCUUCAUCGGAAAUUUACGAGGAAUCAUAUCUAGAAUGUUACUGUGGAGCGGCGGCAAAACUAAGAAUGUCUCAUACAGAAAAAAAUCCAUUCAGGUUAUUCUACAACUGUCCAAAGGAGUUAUCUCAACAAUGUGGUUUCUUUCAUUGGGCUGAUGAACCUGAACCAUCCGAUGAUAGACAUGCCAAUGAACUAGACUUGAUCAGAAAUGUGUGUAUUCGUCUAACAGAAAGGUUGGAUGAAAUCAUAGAGGAACAUGAGGAUGAGAAAGAAGAGUGGGAAAGGGAAAAGGCUGAGCUAACAUUGAAACUGUCAACUCUGCAAACUCAGCUUGAUGAUAUAAAUAAUAGAAUAAGGAUUACGAAUGAAUCGUUUUCAAUGCCCCCUUUUGAGUCACUUUCCAUUAGGGACGACGACGACAAUAACGACACAUUAGUUGUAUAUGCUUUGUAAAUAGUUCAUCGUAGAUUAUAUGAAGUGAAGCAUGAGAUCAUGUAAAAGACUUAGCUAUCUAUUUUUGGUACUUGUUGGAGUUUGACUUUUUUGUUUUUUUGGAUGACCCCUCAAAAUGUUGUUGUUUGAAAGGUAGGAGUUUUCGACAACAAGAGAGGAUAGGGUAUCUAUAGUCUCGACUCUUGGUUGAGUAUUAAGACUUUGUUUAAUAACUAUGUUGUAAAUUUUGUUCUAUUUUCUAAGAACCAAAUAUCUUUUUU